GACAACAAAACCAAACCAACCUCAAGAUACCUCCUUCUCCUCUUCUUCUUCUUCCCUGUUUCUUUAAGCAAUUUCCAGACACCCAUCUCUCUCAUUCUCUUUUCUAUUCAUCAAAUCCCUAAUUUCUAACCAAAAAACACAUCUUCAUCACACUCCACCAACUACCUUGUCUAAUGACAUUCCAACUAUCUCUCUGCCCAUUUAAGUAAAACAUACCUUGUGGGUAUUCACUCAUUGCCCAAAAAGACUCUCCUUUUGCACUUCUUCUUCAUUGAUUCGAAGAUAUUAUGAGUAAUUCGAGUUGGGGUUUUCUUUUGCUGGUUUUUUCUGCUUUCUUUUUGAAUCUUGAUGCUUUUGAGCUUCGGAAAGGUCAAAAAACAGAGAGAAUUUCAGGUAGUGCUGGGGAUGUAUUGGAAGAUGAUCCCGUUGGAAGGUUAAAAGUAUUUGUUUACGAGCUACCGAGCAAAUACAACAAGAAAAUAUUACAAAAAGACCCUCGAUGUCUUAACCACAUGUUUGCUGCCGAAAUUUAUAUGCACAGAUUCCUUUUAUCCAGUCCCGUUAGAACCCUUAAUCCGGAGGAAGCCGAUUGGUUUUACACGCCUGUUUACACUACUUGUGAUUUAACACCGAAUGGCCUCCCGUUACCUUUUAAAUCACCAAGAAUGAUGAGAAGUGCUAUUCAACUUAUUUCUUCUAAUUGGCCUUAUUGGAAUAGGACCGAAGGGGCCGAUCACUUUUUCAUUGUACCACACGAUUUCGGUGCUUGUUUUCAUUAUCAGGAAGAAAAAGCUAUUGAAAGAGGGAUCCUUCCUCUACUCCAACGAGCUACAUUGGUUCAAACUUUUGGUCAAAAGAAUCACGUUUGUUUAAAAGACGGUUCAAUCACAGUGCCCCCGUAUGCACCUCCGCAAAAGAUGCAAUCUCAUUUGAUCCCUCCAAGUAUUCCUCGAUCCAUCUUUGUCUACUUUAGAGGCUUGUUUUAUGACGUUGGAAAUGACCCCGAAGGUGGUUAUUAUGCAAGAGGAGCAAGAGCAGCAGUGUGGGAAAACUUCAAAGACAACCCUCUAUUCGACAUCUCAACAGAACAUCCAACGACAUACUAUGAAGACAUGCAAAGAGCCGUUUUCUGCUUAUGUCCACUCGGGUGGGCCCCAUGGAGCCCGCGGCUAGUUGAAGCAGUUAUAUUCGGGUGCAUUCCAGUCAUCAUAGCGGAUGACAUCGUCUUGCCUUUCGCUGACGCAAUUCCAUGGGAAGACAUCGGAGUUUACGUUGACGAAAAAGACGUUCCGAAUUUGGACGCCAUUUUGACGUCGAUUCCAACCGAAGUCAUUUUACGAAAACAACGAUUGCUUGCUAAUCCUUCGAUGAAACAAGCUAUGUUGUUCCCGCAUCCCGCUCAACCGGGUGACGCGUUCCAUCAAAUCUUGAACGGUCUCGCCCGUAAACUACCGCACGAUAAGAGCGUUUAUUUGCGGAAAGGAGAGAAGGUUUUGAACUGGACCGCCGGCCCUUUAGCUGAUCUGAAGCCAUGGUAGCUUCUAAAAAAGUUUCGUUUUCGAGUUUAUACAAUGUUCGGUUAUAAGCAAAAUCAUGGGCCGAAAUCAUGAACUGGUGGAGGGAUUUUUGUUGGGUUUUAGUAUAUUUACAGUGUAGAUCUCAAAGCAAAUUGAUUAUUUUUGAAUCUUAUAGACUUUGCAUCUUUGUUCGUGUUA